AUGACCGAUCUGUAUCGGAGACUUGCCUUGGUACAGGGCUGCUUCGCCAAAGUUCCUGUGCUUGAAGGUGAAAGAAACUGGCGAGAAUGGGAGGAUGGCAUUUAUGGCGCCCUUCGACAAUUCCAAGGCCUGGCCCUCCUUCAUACUGCGCCUCCUCCCGAUACCUCGACCGAAAAGGUGACGACCCCUGUCUCGUCCGACCUCUCUGACGACCACAAAUCUCCCAACACCAUGGUGGCUGCUGCCAUCCUCCAGUGUCUCUCCCGCUCUCUUACCAAGAGCUAUGCCCCCAUCGUCGACGACACGGCCUCCUACAAGACAUAUCACAUCUACUCUGCCCUCCGCGGAUACCUGCACUUGCAGGUCCGGGACUUUAUCUCUUUCCUUCCCUCCGAGUCCGAUGAUCUCCUCGACUACAUGGAGACUCUUCAGCAGAAGCAUGCCAGUCUGAGUCAGCUCGAGAUGUACUCGGAAAUGAUGCUGGUCUUCCAACUGCUGUAUGCCUUGCCUUCUCGCCACCAUGUCUGGCGCAACCAGCUCUGGGCUACCUCUGCCUUUCGUUCGACAAUCUCCAAAUUGCUAUCAGCAACAUGGAGCUUGCCCACUGCGGGUGCCCUCAUCAGCCAGUCGGGCUAG